AUGGUUAAGGAACCCACGAAUGGCCGUAAUCUGCUCUGUGGCCAUUUUGCGAACGUCUACCUUCGCCCAGACGCCACUGUCUGGCUCGGUGAGCGCCAUAAGUGGCAGAAGGUUACACCGGUACCUCCAGGAACGCCACUGCCAGUCAAGCUUACAGUCAACGGCAUUGACUCCGUGACACAGUGUCCCGUCACCAACCUGACAGUUGUGCUGCCAGGCCAGCCGAAGGCGCCGUUUGAACCGUCGUGGGUGCAGACGCCCAACACAACAUGCUCUUAUGUGUACUCAAUUUGUCGCACACCGUCACUCUCAAUAUUGAGCGGGAUUACGUUGAGUGGUAUCAUGCAGCCCACCUUCAACAGCACCAACACAACCUUGAGCAUCUUUGGCGAUUUCCUGACGGACCCAAGCCUACCCGCCGCGUCCCAGAUCAGCGUCACUCUGGCCAACCAGCUGUGCAGCAUUGUUGGUGUCGCACCGGUGACGGUCAACGGCACCAACACAACCAAUAUCAACUGCACGGCGCCCGCCUUGCCGGCUGGGCAGUGGCCUGUUAGCAUUAUGGUUGAGGGCCUGGGUCUUACACGCCCCACAGCGACAGCUGCGACGGACUUGCCAAUCGUGACCUAUACGGUCAGGGUUCUUAAUUACACCUUCAACAACCCCAACUCCAAGUGCUAUUUCUCCCUGUUUGGUGGCGGCACCUUCAACAUCACCGGGUAUGGGUUUGUGAAGGACUUGGUCGAUACGACACUUCAAGUCAACAUGACGGCUGCUUGGGAAACCGUCUUUUGUGGCUCAGGAUUUUCGAACUCGCCACCGUGCCAGGCUGUCAACUCGUCACGCCUGAAUCUUGUGCCGCUGGCAAGCGACGGCUUCACUGCAUCAUUUGGGCUGACACGCUUCAAGGUGCCUAAUCCUGAAGCCUUUGCCGGUAACAACAGUAUCAGCGGAGUCAACUUGCGGUAUAAGCCGCGGGUAUAUUACACGAGCAACGGCACAUACGCUGCGACUGCGGGCGCUGAGCUCCUCUACUUUUGUGGUGGCCGCACGCCCGCCCUGUCUGGCGUGACGCCGUUAUCUGCACCACCCGACGCUGGUGCAACCCUGUCGCUGACCUGGUACUUAUCGGGAGUUGGCACGCUAAACAACACUAUCACGGCACCGGCUGCCAAGAACGGCGCCAGCAAUGCCACGGUUGAGUUUGAGGUCGGGCCGACGGUGCUGCCCUGCCGCAACCCAGUUGUCACGGAUUUCAACAUCACCAGCACCACCUAUCGCGAGGCGAUUUCCUGCACCAUGCCUGCUUACAUGCCGGCCGCGACGUAUACGCUAUGGCUGUGCAUCCAGCCUUUUGGCUGCGGUCUUUUGCCUGCUUACACUGUACCCCUGACCAUCACUGCUAUGUCUGCAACUACUGGCGGGAGUGCUGGUGGUAUUACCGUGGUCAUUACCGGCAAGGGGUUCGAUACCAACACCACGCUUGUAUCGGUGCGCUUUGGCAACAGCACAUGCAAGGUCAUCAGCAGCACCGCUACAUCGCUGACCUGCGUUACCGGUCCCCUGGACACCAAGCCAGUGAGCCCAGUGACGUGGCCCUUGUCAAUUACGCCCACUGCCGGCACCAACGAGACCACCCUGUCGAGCUUCACUUUCACUUUUGACCCAGCCCUAGAGUCGACAGUGAGCGGCAUUGUCCCGGCGCGCGGCUCCACUGAAGGUGGCACACCCGUCACUAUUACGGGCGCAGACUUCCGUACCGGCGUGAGCACCACUGUCAGCAUUGGCGAUGUCGCUUGCCAGUCGGUUGUGGUCGUCAACAGCACCGCCAUCACCUGCACUACCGGUAAGCCGCCCAACAGCAUCCUUCGAGUUCCGCUGCCGGUGACGGUGCUGCAGCAGGGCCGUGGCUAUGCACGCAGCUCGGCUCAGUACCAGUACAUCGACGUGUGGAGCCGCAACAGCACGUGGGGUGGUGGACCCCUGCCCGGCUACGAGGACUCGGUCGUAAUUCCAGCUGGCGUGACGGUCCUCCUGGAUAUCAGCCCGCCGAAACUUUUCAUCAUUGUCUUGGAAGGCAACCUGGUUUUCGAUGAUACCAAGGACUACAUUAACCUGCAGGCUCACUACAUCAUUGUUAAAGGGGGCAAUUUCACCAUUGGUAGCGCAGAGAAGCCCUACCCCGGCCGCGCCAACAUUACCAUGCAUGGGGCCCCAAAUAGCAGGGAUCUUCCGAUGUAUGGCGCCAAGGCACUGGCCGUGCGGCAAGGCGUCGUCACCUUCUUCGGGCAGCCCAAGAUCCCGCAUUAUACCAAGCUGAACCGGACGGCGGAUCCAGGGGACACCAGCAUUGUCGUCAACGGAGCAAUUAAUUGGCAGGUUGGCGACCGCAUCGUCAUCGCCAGCAGCAGCUUCUACGGGAGUGAGGUGGAUGAGGCAACCAUCACAGCGCUCGACAACAGGACCGUAUCUGGCUGUACCGUCAUUACGCUAGACACGCCACUUCAAUACGUGCACUUGGGAGAGCUGCACAGCGUGCAGGGAACUAAACCCCUGGACAUGCGCGCUGAGGUGGCCGUGCUCACACGUAACAUUUUGCUGCAGGGUGAUUACACCAGCGCCAAGAAUAUGUAUGGCGUGCAGGUCAUGGUUAAUUCGCCCAAAUACCUGCCCCGCGCACUUGUUCGCUUUGACAACAUCGAGAUCACCCAGUCUGGCCAGGCGUUCCGCCUGGGACGCUACUCCAUGCACUGGCACAUGCACGGCGAUGUCGCGUAUCAGUCAUGGUUGCGCGGCUGCGCUAUCCACCACACAUACAACCGUGCCACCACUAUCCACGGCACACAUCGCGCAAUCCUGCAAAAUAAUGUGGCCUACAACACCAUGGGUCACACCUUCUUCCUGGAGGACGGUAUUGAGUCUGGCAACCUCAUUGAAGGCAACCUGGCCAUUCAUGUCAAAGUAUCAGACGCGCUGCUCAACACCGAUACCACCCCAGCCGCUUUCUGGAUUACCAAUCCAAACAACACAGUGCGCAACAACGUGGCUGCUGGUUCGGCGGCUUAUGGGUAUUGGUAUCGCAUGCUGGAUAAUCCCGAGGGCCCGUCAUACACGACGACCAUCUGCCCCAAGUUUACACCCCUCCUAGAGUUCACCAACAACACCGCCCACUCGAGCAUGUUUUACGGACUGCGUAUCCAUCCAGAGUUCUACCCCCGUAACAUCCCGUGCAACGGGUUUUCUGGAACGUUUGAGCAAGUGCCUGCGGUGUUCAACGGCCUGGUGGCCUAUAAGAACGGCAUGAAGGGCGCCGUCGGCACUCAGGUUGGCUUGGUGCAGCUUGUCAACGUGAUAACAGGCGAUAACGGUGGUGGGCCCAAGCAGCACGUUGUCAACGGCAAGGACCAUGGUGGCGAUCUUGAAUUGUCAUGGGUGGUCGACGACCGCAGCCGUGUGGGGUUACAGAUCACAGAGAUGGCCGGUAUCGUGAAUGCUACCAUUUACGCGCGCACCAGUGUUGGAAAGCGCGGUAAUGCUGGUCAGUGGCCCUCAUGCCGCCGUGUGGCGGGUAUCAUUACACAGAGUCCCGUCCUAGGCGACUCGAAGCACUCUGCAUUAAUGAGCCUAAUCAACGUAACAUUUGUGGACUUCAAGGGCUGGGAUGACUGCACGCUAUUCUCCAUGUUGGAGGCAUGCGGCAAGUGCAAGACCUUCCAGGGCGGCUCUACCACAUUCACAGCCAACAUCUCUAUCAUCACAUCAGACAACAGCAGCUCCAUGAUGUCAUACUGGAGCUGGGGCCACCAGGGCGUCUACCUUGACACAGACGGCACGUUACUGAACAACAAGUCGCUGCCCGCUUCGCUCUUGCCUAAUGUGGGCACCAACGUAACUCUUGGCCCCGGGGCUACCUGGCAUUCGUCGGUCGAAAGCGAGCUGUUUGAUCCCAACGAAUGCAAGUAUGUGCGGAACACACGCACAAGCAACAACGGAGCAUAUUGCAGCCCCGGCUUGUCGUUCCGCCGCGUGAUGCUUCACGGCCACACCCCCGAGUCCAUCAUGUUCAAGGACCUCAUCCUUACUUCGUUGGCCACCAAUCGCACAUCUCUUGUGCACUUCACCAAGUAUAACGAGAACGGUUACCAGUUCACUGUCGCCACUACCCGCGACUAUUGGGUGCAAUGGGACAUGCCUUUCCGUUUCGACCCCGACACAUACCAGCUGCACAAGAUGGACUUGAUGAACACGAGUGACUACGUGUACAUUACCACAAAGCACAUUCAGGUCAAGGACCACUUCACAAUCAAUAACAACGACCAGUGGAACAACUUGACCGCGAUGCCGCCUCCCACCAACUCAACCCACGGCAUGUUCUACUACAACAAAACCAAGGCGCCUAAUUCCUGGUGGUGGAGUAACCGCACCUAUAACGACACCAAGUUUACAGUCUUUUUAGAUGGGCGCCUCGACACCACCCUCGACAUGAAGGCAUUCACCUGCCCUAACACAGGCUGCAGCAAUGUACCCGAUGCCGUUGUGGACAUCCGCGACGGCACAUUGUACUGGUCUAACACGAGCACCUGGAACACGAGCGCCGUGAACAACUUCCGCAAACCAGUAGCUGGCGACAAUGUGACCAUUCCGUACGGCUGGGACCUGGUCAUUGACGAGUCACCACCGCCGCUGCUGGCGCUGACCGUUCAGGGCAAUUUACGCUUUGACACCACGCGGGACAUCAACCUGACCGCUACCUAUAUUAUUGUCAUGGGCCAGGGUGUGCUGAGCGCUGGCAGCGCCACGGAGCCGCACCCCGCCAAGGCCACUAUUCGGCUGAACGGUGCUCGCGACACACCCGAUUAUGGCAUUGAUAAUAACCUUAACUUGGGCUCCAAGGUGCUGGCAGCUCUUUCAGGAGGCACAAUCAACCUGUACGGCAAACCGGCCCGUAAGCGCUGGAUCAAGUUAGGAUCCGCGGCACAGAUUGGCAACAAUGCCAUUAAUGUAUCGGACCCCAACCACGGCUGGAGUGUCGGUGAUAAGAUCCUGAUUACCUCCACCUCGUUUAACUGGAAUCAAAGCGAGUUCCGCAUCAUCACUGGGAUCCGCAACAACGGCUCCCAGCUGCUGCUGGACUCGCCGCUGGCCCACCCCCAUGGGGCGCGGGUCAAAGCUUAUCCCGGCGGCCCCACCGUGGAUAUGCGCGCGGAGGUUGGCCUGGUCUCUUCCAACGUCCUCAUUACUGCGGAUGAUGGCGAGAGUACCCACUCGUAUGAUGGAGAAAUGUUCGGUGCACGCGUAGUGGUUUCGGGCAACUCCACAGGCCGCUUUGACAGUAUGGGUAUGGCUUAUUGCGGCCAGGCUGGCUUUGACGAUCGCGCGUGCAUAUACUUUGACCGCAUGGCGCCAGUUACAGUGCUGCGUACGGACAAUGUCACCAACAUGACAACGCUAUCCGCAAUUCCAAAUCCAUCAUUUGUUAAAGGCAGCGUGCUGCUGUAUGGUAUGGCCUCGAACGUGCUCAUUAAUGGCAAGCCCUCAGUUGCGAACCCAGUCACCCUGGCCGACAACAUCAUGUACGAGGCGUAUGACACACACAGCGUGGAUGUGUAUACGACGGGCAACAUAAUCCGUGGCAACUUGGUAAUCGGCACAAUCAAGGAUAUGACGGGCAAGAGUCACUUUGAUAUUAUGAUGCCAUCGUCAUUCAGCAUCUUAUACGCAUCUAACUGGGUCACUGACAACGUGGCAGCUGGUUCGGAACGCUACGGCUUUGCGUAUUACGGUUUACCGUGCGGCAACUUCACAAAUGGCUCCUUCCGCAACAACACGGCCCAUUCAUCCCUUGCCGGCCUGUGGUUUCAAGCCAGUCCCGAGGCACUCAUCCAGGGUUGUGCACAGUUGACGAACUUCACCACAUACAUGAACUGGGGUAAGUGCAAGGCUGAGCAUCGGCCAGCUGAUUUCGGCAUCAUCUCCACACGUGGCGUUUCGACGGACAUUGUCCUGAAGGACGUCAAUAUCCUGGACAACAAGCACGCGGGCAUCCAUCUAAUGCGUUAUGGUGAAAUGACCGACAAGGGCUGGAUGCGCUGGGACGGUGGCCUCCUUGUUGGCCAGUCGAGCAAUGAUGUCUGCUCUGCCUGCACGAAGCGAAGUGACCCUGGCUGCCACCCCAAAUUGUCCACCCAGUCAUUCAAUCAGUACGACCCCUUCACACCAGCAGUUGGCCUGCAGUCGUCACAGUUUGCACUGGGAUUUGCGGUGGGCCCCGAGAAGAAGCCGUACGACAAGCCUAUGGGCUACUCACUAAUCCAUGGCAUGUUCAACAUCAGCGGUAUCACCUUGGCGGACUUUCUGGGCCCCGCGGGCUGCGGAGGCUCACAAAGCGGCACUUAUGCGUUGGCGAACCAGCCUAAGGCGCCAGAAGCUUUCUAUCCGCACUAUUUCUCCAAAAUUAACGUCCAAAACGUCGGCAUCGGGGUGAGCCAGGGAAUGUUUUAUCACACCCCGCCCGACCCUGACUGGCGCAACGAGGCGGACUGUGGAGAGGCGGCCUAUACGCGGCCCGACGGCUCCCAGAUCAUGCUUAACUGUGCCGGUCCGGCACACGCCUACUGGCGGGAUCUGGAUGGCUCACUUACCGGCACCGUCAGCACCACCGCAGGCAUCUUCACGUCCAAACGCGUGUUCCCAAUGGAUCAGGGCUCACCCGUGCUGCCUGGGGCAUGCACAUACUCUGCGUAUCAGGAUUCGUAUCAGUGCGUCGUUAACUCGACCUCAUACAUAGCGGAGACCGGCCUAGAUCCGAGAUACAAGCCUAACCCUGUGCCAGCAGAUGGCAUUUGGGGCGACCCGCAGAUGCUAGUGCUCGAGAGCCGUGACAAAGACACUGAGGACCGCAACUUUGGCCCUGUAUUCUUCAACGUGUCUGGCUCAAUCGACCUGGUGACGGCAGCCAUGGAUCAUGGCUGGUGCUUUGCGUACACAUGUCAGAAGCGGCUGUCAACCUUCUGGACCUACGUGCCAACUGGGCAGACAGUGUACAUCAACUUUACCGGCACACCUUCGCAGAACUUCCGCAUCUGGUUUCCCUACGCAGACCCGGACAAGGAAAUUGUCUUGGUUAUCAAUAUGCUCUACACCCUUAACCGUCGCUUCACCUGGCUGCCGCCUGGUAAUGGCAACACCACGGGCCGAGUGAUGCCAUGGGACAAGCCUAUAAGAAUUGGUGAUGGCACACCUCACGGGUCGUACUUCUGGGACCAAGAUAACACGCUGCUGUAUGUGAAGAUCAAGGGUGGCAUGACGGUUGAGACACGCACUGAGAGCGCUGUGAUGGUUUCACAGUCUUUCGCUGUAACGAUUGACAACUUCUACGCACAGCAGGCGGUCUUCCUGAAGAACCUCGCAGCUGUAAUGGGUAUUGAUAUGAACCGUCUCUAUGUGGCGAAGAUUGUGGCCGGCUCCGUAAGCGCCACGAUUGGUGUUGAGCCCGAUAAGUCCAUUCCCGUCGACGCGCUGCCGGAGAACUCAGUGUCGGCCGCUGUGGAUCCCACUGACCCUGUCGUCACUAACCCAGCAGCCGCCGCAGUCACCUCCACCACAUCAUCAUCCACAUCACCACCGCCCCCACCACCAUUGACCUCAUCCUCGGCUGUACUUGCCGACUUGACUGCAGCAUACAAUGCUUUUGUAGCAGCGGUCACGGAUCCAAAUGCAAGCAGCAACCUUGGCUUUCAGCCCAUUGGCGUGCCGACAGCAGACUGGAGCAAUGUCGGAGUUGCUGCUUCACCCCCUCCGCCGCUUAUGUCUUCCGGGGCCAAUUCACCGUCGGUCGGCAUGGUUGGAGGUUGUAUUUUCGUAGCAGCAGUUGUGGCUGUCAUUGUGGUUCGGCGUCAUGCUAAGCGGCCCCGGCCCGUGUUGCCACGUGGUUCACUGAGUACCGGUGAGGUCAGCAGCUCCAUGUCGCCAGCUCCAGCGGCCGGCCGGCCUGGCAGUGCGAAUACACGCCAGGCCUUCGUGUUGACCAACCCCGCCUAUGAGACGCCUGGAGAGCGUGCCGCAGCUUUACGCGUCAGCCGCACUGCGGUACCCGUGCAGGAGUCGGAGGAGAACCCCACUUCGCCGCGUGCCAGCGUGUUGGCCGCCGGACCAACCCCCCUGAGCCCAGCGCAGUUUAUCGGUCCACUCACCUCCACUGCCCGUAUGCCACAUAGCAGCCUACCGCUUGUUCCACCAGGUGCACAGUCGGGCGCAGUCGACGCUGUGGAAGGGGAGGCCAUGUUGGCCCCGGAUGCAUCUGUCAGUGUGGCAGCCGCUGCCAGUGGCGCCAUCGCGACCACUGCCAGUGGCUCAGUUGGUGGCUCGCGCUCACCAGCACAGCUGACACCUGGCCAGCCAACCACCCGCCGCCCUUCAGACACCACCAUGAAGUAUGCACCGAACAUGGCCACUGGCAGCACUGUCUGGGAUGCGGACAGCGCGGAGAUUGAGCAAUUGCCAGAUCACGAUCAAACCAAGGCCGCCGCCGCCGCUGCUGGUAGCGGACCUGUCAGUCCUAAGGUUGCUGUGGAGGCUGCAGCGACCAGUGUGGGUGCCGGUGCUCCUGCUAGCGGCACGCCUGUUGAGACCUUGAACCGCUCCAUGGGCGUGUCUGAAUCGAUGUCGCCGCGCGUCAAGUCUGUUGGUGGCAGUAACGACAUUCGGGCGGGUGCAGAGCAGAUGUCUGGUAAUGGCGAUGAGGGCAGAAAGCGUGCAGCUGCCAUGGAGCCUCUGGAUCCUCAGCAGCAGAGGCCUGGCAGUGGCCGCCAGACAGAGCAGGCACCAGUCCUGAUGCUGCCGGGCGGUAUGAUGGAAUAUGUGGCCACGGCGUCGCUGCUGCGUAGUGAGGUGGCUUCACUAAUGGUGGCGGGUGGCGAGGCUGGCCCUGCAGUGACAGGUACUGGGGAGUCGGACAGCGCGAACACACCAAAGGCGCGCACGCCUGCUGGCUUGCAAAGCGACAGCAUGCGCCGCCGGGAGCAUUCCUGA